UUCCGAUUGCUAAAGCACUUGCAUCGCUCUCUUUUCUUAUUUUUAACCCCUUGCUUUUUGUGCAUGCAAUGAACAAGGAGCAAAAGCUGCACUCGCCGGCGAAGGGAGUGACCCUCGGAGGAUGACGGCGGACCCCGGCGGAGGGAUCUUCCCGGUGGCGGCGUCGGAGAAGGCCAGGAACGGCUGCCGCAGGAGGUUCAAGAUCCGGAAAGCUCACCGAAGCGGCCAGCGGCAUGAACGGAAGAGAGAGCCGCCGGUCGCGAGACCACCGGAUGAUGAGGAGGAGGAGAAGCCGAUCGAGAUAUCGCUUUCGUUCUCUUCCUCGUCGUCGGAGAACGACGGAGCUCCGGCGGGUGAAGACGACGACAGGGCCCGCGAGAGGAAAAGGGAGCGGUCGAUCAAUUACGGGUCGCUCUCGGUGAUAGGGAGGAGGAGAGAGAUGGAGGACGCGGUGAGGGUGGAGCAAGGGUUCGCGAAGAGGCUGAAGGCGGACGAGGUGUAUGAUUUCUUCGGGGUCUACGACGGGCACGGCGGGGCGCGGGUGGCGGAGGCGUGCAGGGAGAGGCUGCACCGGCUGGUGGCGGAGGAGGUGGAGGGCCGUGAUCGGGAGGGCAGGGAAAUGGACUGGGAGGGGACGAUGGUGGGGUGCUUCGGGAAGAUGGACGGGGAGGUGACGAGCGGCGACGCGGCGGAGGAGAUGAAGACGGUGGGGUCCACGGCGGUGGUGGCGGUGGUGGGGAGGGAGGUGGUGGUGGUGGCGAAUUGUGGGGACUCGAGGGCGGUGUUGUGUAGAGGAGGUGUUGCUAUGGCCUUGACGGAUGACCAUAAGCCUAAUCGGCCCGAUGAAUUGAAGAGAGUUGAAGCUGCUGGUGGACGGGUCAUAAACUGGAAUGGGCACCGCAUUCUUGGUGUCCUCGCUACCUCGAGAUCUAUAGGAGAUCAAUAUCUGAAACCAUUCGUGAUCCCGGAACCAGAAAUCAAGGUGAGCAGACGGACCGAUGCGGACGAAUUUCUGAUCCUUGCCAGCGACGGCCUGUGGGACGUUGUCUCCAACGAGUUUGCAUGCAAUGUCGUGCGCAGGUGUCUGGCAGGCCAGAUGAGGAGGAGAACCCUGGAGGCCAACGUGGUGGAGAACCGCGCCGCCGAAGCGGCAGCCAUGCUGGUGGAUUUUGCAAUGGCGCGGGGAAGCAAAGACAACAUCAGCGUGGUCGUGGUGGAGCUGGCCGGACUGAGCUAGCGGUUCCAUGGAAUCAUCCGAAACUGGAUUUGUUUGUGUUCUUGCUGCCUACUUUAGACGUGCUUGUCGAUCAUCAUUUUAAAAGUUGCCUUCUCUGGGGUUUUACACUUGAAUAUUCUGUAUGAUUCGCAGUGUCAAUCCAGGAACUCUGAAGGAAUCUGUAUAUCAGCGGUGUCCCUGAUCAUGAUUUUCUCUCUUUUCGGAUCCGCGGCUCAUGGUUCGUGAUCGCGGGUUGGAGUCUUUUCUGUGAUGAGAAAGUUCUAUUCCUCUCUGUACGAAGACAAACCCUCUUUGCCAAAAGGAGAGGAAAAGUUCUCUCAAAGAAUAUCCCUAAUGUUUAUUGUAACGAAGGUGAACGAUGAGUCGGUUCUUGGCAUGA